AUAUCGAUAUCGAUACGUAUUUAAUUUCUUGUUUCAAGUUCAUUAAAUGAUGCAGCUCAUCAGCCCAACCACCUUUCACUUAACCACCCUCAAAACCCAACCAAUUCCUUCCAUUUUCCUGUACACCAAAUGGACCACCACCACCACCAUCACAAACCACCACUAUGUCCACCACACCACCACCACCACAUUUCUCAACCACCACACAGUCUUACAUAACUAACCUCGGCCUCGGUUACGCUAUUGCGAUAGCGUUUGGCUUUUUAGUCCUCCUGUCCUCCCUGAUUCUCACUUCCUACAUUUGUUUUCGUCACAACCAACGACGAAAUAAUAACAGAAUUUUAACCACCCGAAACAGACUUAACAACUCUGAAAACACCGGUAUUAUACUUCCUAGUAUAAUUUUCAUUGACAAUAACAACAAUGAUCAUAAUGAUGAUCACAAUGUUGUUAUUGGACUUGAUCAAUGUGUGAUCAAUACAUAUCCUAAGUUUCCAUAUUCAAAAAGUGGUAAAAAAAAUGAUAACUUGUGUGCUAUAUGUUUGUGUGAAUAUAAAGAAGGUGAAAUGAUGAGAAUGUUACCUGAUUGUAAACAUUUUUUUCAUUUGACUUGUGUUGAUGCUUGGUUGAAGCUUAACGCCACGUGUCCCGUGUGUCGUAGCUCUCCGCUUCCUACGCCUUUGUCUACACCUUUAGCCGAGGUUGUUCCGCUUUCUCAGUAUGCUGAUGGUCGACGCCCGAGGUGAUCCUGAUCCGGCGUUCUGUAUUUUAGGUUCUGGAUUUAAUAUUGUUGUAUAAAUUUUUGAUUGUUUAAUUAAUAUGAAGAUUUUGUUUUGA